CCGCAAAUGACGUGAAAUUCGAGACGUAACCAUUGCGUCACGCUCGCUACCCGAAGUGGUAACUCCGCCCACCCAGCGAGGCUAGCAUCCGCAGAUGUAUAAAGCCUGGCGGGGCCGGUGGAGAUGUGUAGUUCUACGGACGCCAAGAUAACACAAAGAUGCGUCUAGCCACACUGACACUCAGCCUUCUGCUCAUCGGGCUGAGCGAGGCUCACCCCCAAUACCCCUCAGGAGGGGGAGGGGGAACUGGGGCCGUCCCCCCCGCUGUCCCACCCGUCGUUCCUGUCGCUCCGGUAACUGCUGCUGGAUGCCUACCUCAUACCCAUGACUGCGUGCCCUAUUACCAGUGCCUGAACGGCACCAUCAACACCUCUGGCGCAGGGUUGAUUGACGUCCGCAUCAAGCCACAGGGAGAAUGUGUGAAUCCAGAAUAUCCUGAAGUUCCCUCAGUUUGUUGCCGCAUACCCGGAGCUACUCCUCCUGCACUGGAAGCAUGCCAGGCUGGAAAGGUGUGCAUUCCCCAGGGACAAUGCAGGCCUGACGGGAAAGUCAACACAGAUGGCGCUGGGCUCAUUGAUACUAGGCUGUACAAGAACUGCUACAUCACUCCAGGGUCACAAGUAAUUGGAGUAUGCUGUGCUCCACCAGUACCCACCAUCGACACAUGUCCAGCAGACACUGUCUGCCUUCCAGGAGCCCUAUGUUUAGGCCAAAUCCUCGACAGCUCCAAUGGAUACCAGCCACACACCAGCCAAGCCACUUGGAUGCAGUGUCCUUUGGGUGGAAGUAACAAGGACAAGGGUGUCUGUUGCCGCAAUCCACCUGCUCCAAUAAUUGACACAUGUCCAGGAGAUUCAGUCUGCCUUCCAGAGAUCCUCUGUUCAGGUACUAUCCUUGAUGAUGCUAAUGGAUACCAAGCACAAGGCAGCCAGGCCACAUGGACCCAGUGCCCUCUUGAUCCAAGCAAUAAAAACAAAGGAGUGUGUUGUCUCAUCCCAGAGCAAAAACCAAGACCUUUCACAGCUGCUGAUAAGUGUGGCAUACGACAUCAUGGUCUGGGUGUAAAGACACUCAAAAAGAAUGAGGCUUCAUUCGGCGAGUUCCCUUGGCAGGCAGUUCUCUUCUUCAGGAAUUUCACCUUCAAGUGUGGUGCAACCUUGGUGACAGAUAAACAUUUGCUCACAGGAGCCCACUGCCUCCAUGGAUAUAAAUAUGGUGACUUCAAGAUCCGCCUUGGUGAGUGGACAGUCAACACAUACGAUGAGCCUUUGCCCUACCUGGAUGUUGAUAUUGCUUCCAUCACUAUCCAUCCUGGUUUCAACAGCGCCAACUUGCACAACGACAUUGCUGUGAUUGAGCUGACAGCUCCUGUCAAAUUCCAAUACCACAUCAACACAGUUUGUCUGCCAAUCCAAACUCAUAUUCUCCAGCCAGGAACACGCUGCUUUGCCACUGGCUGGGGUAAGAAUGCCUUUGAAGGGACUUACCAGGCUACCUUGAAGAAGGUUGACGUACCCUUCGUUGAGCACAAGUACUGCCAGGACCUGCUUCGAAAGACUCGCCUCGGGAGGUACUUUGUGUUGGAUAAAUCUUUCAUGUGUGCUGGAGGAGAAGAGAACCAGGAUGCCUGCACUGGAGAUGGCGGUGGACCUCUCGUCUGUGAAGACCCUGUAACUGGUGCUUACAAUCUUUGGGGCAUCACUGCUUGGGGCAUCAACUGUGGGCAGAAGGAUGUGCCAGGAGUUUACGUGGACGUGAAGCACUUCGACGAAUGGAUCAGCCAGGCUAUCUAUGGCGUCGCUCCCGUUCAGGUCACAGCUCCGCACAAUCCUUAUGGGCGCAAGUUUUAUGGACGCAUGGACAACACAAAGGUGAGCCUUCUAUCUCCCUACGAGAAAUUGGAUCUUUUAUCUUCGUAUUUUGGGAGAUCAAUGCGUCUAGCCACACUGACACUCAGCCUUCUGCUCAUCGGGCUGAGCGAGGCUCACCCCCAAUACCCCUCAGGAGGGGGAGGGGGAACUGGGGCCGUUCCCCCCGCUGUCCCACCCGUCGCUCCUCUCGCUCCGGUAACUGCUGCUGGAUGCCUACCUCAUACCCAUGACUGCGUGCCCUAUUACCAGUGCAUGAACGGCACCAUCAACAUCUUUGGGGAAGGGUUGAUUGACGCCCGCAUCAAGUCACAGGUAGAAUGUGUGAGCCCAAAAUUCCCUGAGGUGCCCGCGGUUUGUUGCCGCAUACCCGGAGCUACUCCUCCUGCACUGGAAGCAUGCCAGGCUGGAAAGGUGUGCAUUCCCCAUGAACAAUGCAGGCCUGACGGGAAAGUCAACACAGAUGGUGCUGGGCUCAUUGACACUAGGCUGAACAAGAACUGCUACAUCGCUCCAGGGUCACAAGUAAUUGGAGUAUGCUGUGCUCCACCAGUCCCCACCAUCGACACAUGUCCAGCAGACUCUGUCUGCCUUCCAGGAGCCCUAUGUUUAGGCCAAAUCCUCGACCACUCCAACGGCUACCAGCCACACACCAGCCAAGCCACUUGGAUGCAGUGUCCUUUGGGUGGAAGUAACAAGGACAAGGGUGUCUGUUGCCGCAAUCCACCUGCUCCAAUAAUUGACACUUGUCCAGGAGAUUCAGUCUGCCUUCCAGAGAUCCUCUGUUCAGGUACUAUCCUUGAUGAUGCUAAUGAAUACCAAGCACAAGGCAGCCAGGCCAUAUGGACCCAGUGCCCUCUUGAUCCAAGCAAUACAAACAAAGGAGUGUGUUGUCUCAUCCAAGAGCAAAAACCUAGACCUUUCACAGCUGCUAAUAAGUGUGGCAUACGCCAUCAUGGUCUGGGUGUAAAGACACUCAAAAAGAAUGAGGCUUCAUUCGGCGAGUUCCCUUGGCAGGCAGUUCUCUUCUUCAGGAAUUUCACCUUCAAGUGUGGUGCAACCUUGGUGACAGUUAAACAUUUGCUCACAGGAGCCCACUGCCUCCAUGGAUAUAAAUAUGGUGACUUCAAGAUCCGCCUUGGUGAGUGGACAGUCAACACAUACGAUGAGCCUUUGCCCUACCUGGAUGUUGAUAUUGCUUCCAUCACUAUCCAUCCUGGUUUCAACAGCGCCAACUUGCACAACGACAUUGCUGUGAUUGAGCUGACAGCUCCUGUCAAAUUCCAAUACCACAUCAACACAGUUUGUCUGCCAAUCCAAACUCAUAUUCUCCAGCCAGGAACACGCUGCUUUGCCACUGGCUGGGGUAAGAAUGCCUUUGAAGGGACUUACCAGGCUACCUUGAAGAAGGUUGACGUACCCUUCGUUGAGCACAAGUACUGCCAGGACCUGCUUCGAAAGACUCGCCUCGGGAGGUACUUUGUGUUGGAUAAAUCUUUCAUGUGUGCUGGAGGAGAAGAGAACCAGGAUGCCUGCACUGGAGAUGGCGGUGGACCUCUCGUCUGUGAAGACCCUGUAACUGGUGCUUACAAUCUUUGGGGCAUCACUGCUUGGGGCAUCAACUGUGGGCAGAAGGAUGUGCCAGGAGUUUACGUGGACGUGAAGCACUUCGACGAAUGGAUCAGCCAGGCUAUCUAUGGCGUCGCUCCCGUUCAGGUCACAGCUCCGCACAAUCCUUAUGGGCGCAAGUAGACGACUGUCAAGUUGUCAAAGUAUAUCUCUUUAUAAUUCACGCACGUUAUUAUAACCUCUUCAUUAUUCAAUAUGCUACCUGCAAUACUUAAUGUAACCUGUGAUAUAUUUAUAUAAUAAAAUGUCUUGAUUAACA